CGCUCCACAGGCCCUCCCUUGCUCAUUGUACCCUCGACGGUGCUUCCGUGUGGACGUGCCCCGCGCCCCGCUGUGCUGCCCCGACUAUCCUUCCGUCCCUGUGGUGCCCCGUCACCCUCCCUUCUCUGUCUCGUGGUGCCCCGUGACCACCCUCCGUUCCGCGUCACACUCCCGGUAGAACUACCCCCCUACUACCUCGCGCCCCUCGCUGACACCGCCGUCAUGUGGUCGUCCACGAGAGGGGUCGUGCUCCUGGCGCUGCUUGCCGUCGCCACCUGCGCCACCACCUACGAUAAAGGGUUGACGACGUCGUUGAAGGCGGGUGUGAGUGAGGACACGUUACACCUCAGCUUCCAGGAUGUGGCAGCACCUCGACGGGGGUCCUCGGGUCACCAGCUUCUCCUCUCUCUCGCCUUCCCUGCACACUCCCGCUUCGCUGUUGUGCUCGAUCGUCUACACGGCUAUGUGGUGAUUGAUAGCGUCAUCAACGGGGAGACACUAACGCAGAAGGUAAGGGCGCCUUCUGUUAAGCCCCGCGCCCUCCUCAGGUCACUGCUGGUGGAGCUGGAUCAAGAAGACAGCCUCGCCAAUGUUUACGUCAACUGUCACCUCAUGGGCUCCGUCACCUUGCCAAAGUCACCAAGGGCAAUGGCCUCUGAUACUAAAGAUCUACGUGUGUAUCGAGAACGUCACGUAGAAGCGAGCGUGGACUGGGGCACCUCCUUAUUGGAAUUACUGGAGAAAUUGGGUUGCCCUUCUGACGCAGAGACCGGCGAAGUCCAGGCUCAAGCUAAUGAAGUCUACACAUACCGCAGAGCUGUGAGGUGUCAGAACCUCCAGUACGGGGAACCUUGUCCCACUUUCACGCAGCCCAUCACCCCUCCCGACCGAGGAGACAUUCCCAUCAUACACGAAGAUGAGACCAGCACCAAGUUAGUCAAGACUCUGGCAGUACUGAUCGAGACCAUCAAGGAACUGCAGAUAGAGAUCCAGACACAGCGCGAGGAGACGGCUCUGCUGCGUGACGCCCUGCUCAACUGCGAGGCCUGCAAACCUGGCAAACCUGACAACGACCCGUGCUCGCCUAACCCGUGCUUCCCCGGCGUGGAGUGUUCGCGGGGACCUGAAGGUGCUCGCUGCGGCCCCUGUCCUAGGAACUUCGUGGGCAAUGGACGUGACUGUAGGCCGGGCAUCACCUGCGCCGACCGCCCCUGCGCCCGCGGCGUGCGUUGCUACGACAUGCUCAACGGGUACCGGUGUGGGCCAUGUCCCCCCGGCCAGACUGGUGACGGCCAGAACUGCAACCCCAUCAGCGCGUGUGACCCCAACCCCUGCUUCCCCGGUGUGCAGUGCUCUAACACCAACACCGACCCAUACUACCGCUGUGGCCCCUGUCCUCCUGGCCUUACUGGCAACGGCGCCACCUGUGAUGACAUGAAUGAGUGUGACCUGGCCAAGCCUUGUGACCCCCACGUGAGGUGCAUCAACAUGUCGCCAGGGUUCAGGUGUGACCAGUGCCCGCCAGGGUUCACAGGGUCACCCGGUCUUCAGGGUAUAGGUCUCCAGUUCGCCCGCCAGAACCGUCAGCGGUGUUACGACUUAAACGAGUGUGACGAUGGCAACAACGGCGGCUGUGUCGACAACUCCGAGUGUAUUAACACCGAGGGGUCGUACUACUGUGGAAACUGUCGGGCCGGGUUCAUUGGUAACCAGACGAGAGGAUGCAACAGCCGCCCUGGUCUCUGUCCCGACGGUCAGCAGUGUGAUAAGAACGCCGACUGUGUUAAACCCUUCGGCCUGAAUCACUAUAUAUGUAAGUGUCGUGUAGGAUGGGCUGGGGAUGGCAUGACGUGUGGACCAGAUCAUGACCUGGAUGGGUGGCCAGAUUAUGACCUGGGAUGUAGUGACCCUCGGUGCCGCCAAGACAGCUGCGUCGACACACCCAACUCUGGCCAAGAAGACUCUGAUAACGACAACAUCGGUGACGCCUGUGACGAGGACGCUGACAACGACGGGAUCCUCAACAGUCCUGACAACUGCCCCCUCGUGGCCAACCCUGACCAGUUCGACACUGACCCUGAAGGUGCCGACAAGCAGGGCGACGCGUGCGACAACUGCCCCACCAUCCCCAACCUCGAUCAGGAGGAUAACGAUAAGGACGGCAUCGGCGACGCUUGUGACCCUGAUAUUGACAACGACAACGUCCCUAACCGCCUGGACAACUGCCCACGGACACCCAACACUGAUCAGUUGGAUACAGACCGUGAUGGUUUGGGUGAUGCUUGUGACAAUUGCCCAGAGGUACGUAACCCCUACCAAGAGGAUAUCGACAAGGAUUUGGUGGGCGAUGUUUGCGAUAACAACGACGACCCCGACAGGGACGGUAUUCAGAACAACAUGGACAACUGCCCGGAUGUCCCCAACAGUGAUCAACACGACGCAGACGACGACGGCAGAGGUGACGAGUGCGACCCAGACGCCGACAAUGACGGCAUCCCCAACAACAGCGACAACUGCCCGCUCGUGUACAACCCCGACCAGCGCGACUCUAACAGCAAUGGUGUGGGAGACGCCUGUGAGGGUGACAGGGACGCCGACAAAGUCAUCGACUUUGAAGACAACUGUCCUAACAACUCCAAGAUCUACGCUACCGACUUCAGGACCUACCAGACAGUGGUGCUGGAUCCAGAGGGCGACUCACAGAUAGAUCCCAACUGGGUCAUCUACAACAAGGGAGCCGAGAUCGUCCAGACCAUGAACUCCGACCCUGGCCUGGCUGUUGGGUACCACAGGUUCGGCGGCGUGGACUUCGAGGGCACCUUCUUUGUUGACACUGAUAUCGACGAUGACUACGUCGGCUUUAUAUUCAGUUACCAGGACAACGCUAACUUCUACACGGUCAUGUGGAAGAAGAAUACGCAGACUUACUGGCAGGCGACGCCCUUCCGUGCAGUGGCCGAGCCUGGCAUACAACUCAAAUUGGUCGAGUCGUCCACCGGCCCUGGCCAGAUGAUGAGGAACUCCCUCUGGCAUACUGGAGAUACUGAGGACCAGGUCAAACUGCUGUGGAAGGACCCUCGCAACGUAGGCUGGAAGGAGAAGACUGCUUAUCGCUGGCUGCUGCUUCACCGUCCCAAGAUCGGCCUCAUCCGUCUGCGUAUCUUCGAGGGUGAGAACAUGGUGGCGGACUCUGGCAACAUCUUCGACAACCGGCUGAAGGGUGGCCGGCUUGGAGUCUUCUGCUUCUCCCAGGAAAUGAUCAUCUGGUCUGAUCUGGUCUAUCGUUGUAACGAUCAAGUACCAGAGGCCAUCUACAACCAGUUGCCGCCAGACCUCCAACGCCUUGUGGAUAUCGACGUCAGUAGACCUGUCCCCAACGGCUUAUAGAUCAUCAGCUCAGGGGACUUAGGACAGGCUCUUGUCGGCCACCUGUGUACUGUACAGGAGCCCAUUAACUAAAUCUACUUAGGGGACGGGGUGUAUUUAAUGGAUAAUGUAUUGACUUUGAAAACACAGUGUUAUCUUAGGGGAAAACUCUUGUGCUGGUAUUCAAUUUAUGGGUCUGAUGUGACAGGUACAGUCCAGCUGAUUGCAGUUGGUUCUUGCCUACGGAGAUAAAUACCUCUGAGGGAAAUGGCUGAUGUUUACCACUCAAUGUCUUCAUAAUCUAAUACAUUUAUACGGAUAUUAAACUAUAACCAAUGCCUUAAGGAACAGCCUCAGUAAAGUUACCUUGCACUAGACUGUCUGACGGACGCGCCUCUGAGUUUUGUUCUGCUGACGAAUGGGAAAGUUUAGUCCUCUGAUGUGAAAACUUCCUUGACUGAUUGAUGAGGAGAUUCAGCUGGGAGGGACAAUGGUUCAGUAGUAUAUUUAAUUACUCUGACUCCUUAUUUAGAGCUGCUUGUGUAAAAGUUUAUUGGUUGUCGAGUAAUCACUUUCAAGAAACCCGGAAAUAUAGUGUAGGAGAUAUUGUUCCGAGAAGGAUGCUAACAUCUCUAGAAUUUACUGCGCAGGAAAUAAAUACCGUAUUGUUAAGAAAAACUUAUGAAAUUAAUUUGUAAGAGAAGAAUUAAAAGUAUAAGUGAAGAAUCCAAAGACCCGUUAACAUAGAUGUAAGUUAGUAUGUGUGUACAUUUUCGAAGCUAGGGAUCACCUGUGUACAUAGCUUGAGGUGACAGUUGUAGCAUUAUUAACGGUGAGAAUAACCCAGCGAGUUGUUGUCAUUACAAUUACCAGUGCUUUGUAGACAAUAGGUUGGCCUGCCACUCACAUACGAUUUGUAUUUUGAGGUGAGGGUUAACGCUUCACAGUCUAUUAAAAUUUUGGGGUUAAGUUUGAUCCCAGAAUAUAUAAUAAUCUAUAACUUAAUUUGAUGUUCUUUAUUCUUCACUUAAACUAGAUCACAGGAUAUAGAUCUAAUUUUUAUUAUAGCUUUGCACUUUAUGCUAGGCGAUGGACGAUAGGCCCAUGCUUGUAACAUCAAAAAUAAACACAUAAAAGGAAAAUAAUUAAUGGAUAAUGUUCAACUACAAUAUUAAAAUUUAUAUCAUAAUUAGAUAAACCUCGAGAGGGUGGUGAAUUAUUCUCUAGACACUGCCUGCAGCCUAGUAGUGAACUGUAAACAUCGCGGUUAAUGUCAUCACCCGAAAACAAGAAUAACGUUAAGAAGGGAAUUAAUGUCUCUGACUGUCUAAGAAUAUGAAAUUUAUAUGUUCUUUAUUAUAUUCUACUUCGUUUAUUCAUCAAUCUAAAAAGCAGUUGUUUAGUUGUAUUAUGAUAUUUAAUUAGUGACAUUUUCUGUGCACGUUUUACAUGAACUGUGUAAUGGGAGGAUGGUUGAAUACAGGUUUGCAGUGAUGGAAGACUAAACCAUUUUUAUUAGACAGAAUAAAAAGAUGUAACUUUCUUAAUGUUUACCAGUUGUUGUUUAUCGUAUGAAUUAACUUGUGUACAUGUUUAAAGACCUUAGUUGUUGAAGCACAGAUAUAUAUAUAUAUAUAUAUAUAUAUAUAUAUAUAUAUAUAUAUAUAUAUAUAUAUAUAUAUAUAUAUAUAUA